AUGGCUUCAGAGUCUCCUCAUGUGGAAAUGUCACCGCCGCAAACGGAUCCCCGUGAUCAGUCCAUCGGUGCGUCUGAUUCCAACAAGAGAAAGGCGGAACAAGGCAACGGAACGCAGGCGCGCACAAAGCGGAAUCGCUACAUCUCCAUUGCAUGCAAUGAAUGCAAGCGCCGCAAGAUCAAGUGCAAUGGCCAGAUGCCUUGUCAACGGUGCGGCCACCUGAAUUUAGAAUGCCGCUAUGCGCCUAAUUGUUGUAAUAACAACUUCAAAGACUCGGAUGAGUUCCGGUCAAUAACAGACCAGAUCACAACUUUACAAGACCAAGUCAACAGCUUGUUCACCAAUCUCAAUGACCUUCGCACCCAGAGAUCAACCUUUGAUUCACCAGGGUUUGAGCACCUCUCUCGCGACGGGUCUCAACCGGUCUACACUCCAAUUCAAGCUGGGCUAGCGAAGCCACGAGCCCGCCACCCACGCUUCCAUGGUCCAACAAGCUCGGCCUUCAACUUUGACGUGGCCAAAUCUAGCUUGCAAAAUAUGGGUAUCACACCGGCGGAAGAUGGAAUCCCAGAUGACUUGACCACCGCACAUGUUUCUCCAUCAGGCUCACCUCCUCCUCAUCUGGGACAGGUUCUUCAAACUACACACCCUACCAAGGAUCCAAUAUGGACAAUCUCGCGUGAAGAGGCAAUGCGUCUUUGUAAGGUUUACGAGGAAGAGAUUGGGAUCAUGUAUCCUGUCGUAGAUAUCGCCAAGAUUAUCAGCCAGGCUAAUCUGCUCUACACAUUCAUAGAGGCUGCUACCAGGACAGGCUUUGCACAACGGGGGUUUCCAGGCUCCGAUGGUCUUCAUGACGAAAGCUCUAUUAUUUUGAAAUUGAUUCUCGCCACCACGCUGGUCGUGGAGGGGGCGGUCAAACUCUUUGCUAUUGUGGCCACAUACCACUACCAUACAGAUGAUGAUGCCAUGGCUUAUCGGCUUAUUGGAUUAGCGGCACGGAUGUGCUUAGAGAUGGGAUUGCAUCGUCGGGAUGCUUUGGUGAAGUCAUUCCCAGUCGAGCAGCAGUGGAACGAGAUCACUCGGCUAUUCUGGUCAGUCUACAGCUUGGACAGACGAUGGAGUUUAGGAACGGGGUUACCUUUUGUGAUUCAAGACGAGGAUAUUGAUCCGAACUUACCAGAGCCUGAUGCAUCGCUGCCUUACUUGCGCUGCAUGGUCCUAUAUAACCGGAUCAGCUCUAAGAUCUGGUACUCUGGUUUGGGCUCUGAAGGCACCACGGAUAUCCGUCGUGAUGAGAUUGGAUAUUUGGAUUAUCAAAUCCUCCAGUGGUACAAGCAAGUUCCAGACGAGCUCAAGUUCUAUCCCGUCGAUUCCCCCAAAAACGGCGAAAACGUGAGCAGAGGCAUGAGGCGACUCAGGGUUCUCUUGUACCUACGGAUGAACCAGCUGCGCAUCCUGAUCUAUCGCCCCGUGCUCCAUUCUGCUGCCAGUAUUUCUGAAGAUCGAGGCCAUGCCCAGACCGUUGUGGAGGUAGCCAAAGACUCGGUCCGUGUCCUCACUCGGCUGAACCAGAUGUCCGAUAUCUACCGGACCCAGCAAAUAACGUUCAACUAUUUCCUGGUUGCUGCAUUGGCAGUGUUGUUCCUAGCAGUGUCCCAUGCCCCGGUCGACUUCAACCGACAGGUCCGUGAUGAAUUCUACAUGGCGCUCGACCUGGUCAACGGGUUUAGUACUAAGUCCUACGUCUCCAAGCGGUUGUGGAAGACAAUCAAAGGUUUACGCAAGAUCGGGGAGAAACUUGGCGUUCUCGCCCGUCCUUUGGGACCGGACUCAAGUGAUGCUCAUUCAAGCGCUGCGGUAGCCAUGGCUGGACUUGCGGGACAUCCAAUCCAGGACCUGUCUAUGUACGGGUCCAUAAACGGUGGGAACGAACUUGGAAAUAGUCCUCUCAAUGGACUCCAAAUGAGUCAAGAGUUGACAAAUCUGUUUGAGGCUGUUGGUGCAUUUGGUAAUUUCAUGCCUAACACUUCCAGUGAUGGUAUCAGUGGCUUCGUUGGGCCGGAUGGGGAAAUCCAGAACACUGGUGAAGGUUUAUCGGGGGUUUUGGGUGAUGAGGGAGAGUUCGCUCGAGUGAUUCGGGACUUGUUUUGA